GCUAUGCUCCAAAGGGUAGAACCACAAAGAGACAUCACACAACUUGUAAACAAUGCACUCCUCAGCAAAAUAAUUCUCUGACUUGUAUGGCUCAAAGAAAGAAUGCCGAAAAGGCAAGAUGUAUUA